UUGUUUGUUAUUUCAGAUUUUUUGGGUGAUCAGAUAGAAGAUGUAGAUUUUGAUGAUGAUGAUGAAAGAUUGGUGGGAGAUUUGGAUGAACAUUCUAAUGAACGGGAACAACUUCGAAAGAUGAUUGAAGAAAUAGAAAGAAAAGAGCAAGAAAGGCGCAAAAAAGAAAAAAAAAGUCGUAGGUCACCCAUGAAUAGACCAAAAUUACCAAUUGGCAUUAUUAUCAACACUGACAAAAGCAGAUAUAAAAUACUUGAAGUAUUGGGAGCUGGAGGUUUCGGUGAUGUGUAUAAGGUACGGCAAUUAGAUGGGGCUAAGAAGGGUGACGAUAUAUUUGCUUUGAAGACUGAAACAACUACUGCAGGAAAAGCUCUUAAUCGACUUAAGAUUGAAAUGACAAUUUUGCAAGAAUGUGAGAGUCUACCAGAUGGAAAACGAACGCAUUUUGUUAAAAUGACUGAUAGAGGGCGAACAGAAUCGUUUAAAUUUAUUGUGAUGCAGUUGGUAGGAACUAGCAUUGAUAAACUUCAAAAAAAACAACCCAAAAGACAUUUCAGCUUCUCGACUACUAUUAAGUUAGCAAUUCAAACUUUGGAAGGCAUAUCACAUUUGCACGAACUUGGUUAUCUUCAUCGUGACAUCAAACCACAAAAUUUCACGAUCGGAUUGAAAGAUAAGGCAGGCAUUGUCUACCUUCUUGACUUUGGUAUUGCACGUCGAUAUAUAGAAAAAGACAGUAAAGCUAUCAGAUUACCUCGAGAAAUGGUACGAUUUUUGGGAACUGUACGAUUUGCAUCACGGAAUUGUCACCGUUCUCGUGAACAAUGUCGAAGAGAUGAUCUCGAAUCGUGGGUAUAUAUGGUGAUUGAAUUCACAGAAUAUGCUUGUUUGCCAUGGUCAAGAUCUGUUGAUCGAGACGUUGUCUGUCGAGAAAAAGAACGAUUAUUUGCCGGAACUUAUACAAAGCAUAUAGCUAGUUUACCGGAAGAAAUUCACAAGAUUUUAAAGUACAUUGAUGAGCUGAGUUUUCAAAACACACCCGAUUAUGACUAUAUAGCUACGAUGUUAAAGCGAGCUGCAGCACGCAGGCAUACUAAUUUAACUUCAAAAUUUGACUGGGAAGAUUCAGAGAAUGUCGAUAGUGAAGCAGAUGCUAUUGGAAAAACGCCUAGUAGUGUUGAUAAAGUUAAAGAUCGACAACCGAAAUCAACUUCUGGUGCAAACACUCUCAGGCGAUCUCCCAGCGAAAAGAAGCAAAAGAGUCGUGUACCCGAAGAACGGGAAGGUCAAACAUGA